GUGGGCCUCAAAGCCGUGUUGUAGGUGACUCUAGAUCCUGUGUCGCGAGUGAGGCAAAACGAUUCCAAGAAGCGAAGGAAGAGAGAAAGGCGAUCCGCAUCUCCCUUCUUUUGUGGCCAAUCACCCACAACUCAAGAAAACGCUCUGCCAUCAGAGAAGUUGAUGGUUGUUGGUCAGGGGAUUAUAUGAACAAUGUAGAAGAUUUUUUGUCAUCUCUCAGCCAUGAUGGAGCACAUGAUAAGUGAUCUGGAUCUCCGACUUGUGGGCUGCACAAUUCACUUAAUCAUAUGCCUGAGCAAACUGUGUAGUUGGUAGAUGAAUAAUUGGAAGCAGUUCCAUCUGUCUCUCGGAAAGAGGACCUCAUUUCAAGCAAAAACCCUAUGCAGAAGCAGUAAGGUUUCUUUCCUUCAUCAGAAUCAAGGAAAUUUCGGAGCAUGUACAGAUCUCUUUUGAGAGCUCGUCUUCCAUUGGUUGCAGAUUCUCUUUAUUCACCCAGAUCAUGUGAAGCACGAAGCAAUGUCGUGGGAAGAAUGGAAUUCUCUCGAAUGUUCGUGGAAGGUUUAGGUCAUUUCAGAUCCUGGGAACAAUCAGUUGCAAGGUCUAUGCAAGUUCAAAUUGUUAAUGCACUUUGCUCGGGGGAGAGAGACCAGGCCUCCAAGCUUCUUUCAAAUCUUGGACAUGGGAACGGUUUAAGAGAUGAUGAUUUUCUUUUCAUUCUGGACUAUUGUGCGAGAUCUCCCGAUCCGUUGUUUGUUAUGGAAACAUGGAGAAUUAUGGAAGAAAGAGAGAUAGUCAUGAACAGAAGAUGUUACAUGUUCAUCAUUCGAGCUCUUAGUAAAGGCGGUUACUUAAAGGAGGCAUUUAAUUGGCUGACUUUUCUUGGGGGAAACCAUGACACCAACCCCAAUCUACGUAUGUACAACAUUUUCUUGAAUGGAUGUGCUGAGUUGCAAAGUUCAGUUCAUGCUGACUAUUGUUUAGAGUUGAUGGAAGGCAGACAGAUGGGGAAGUCUGAAAUAACCUACUGUGAACUUCUCAAGCUUGCAGUUUUGCAGCAAAAUCUGUCUGCAGUCCAUGAGAUUUGGAAGGAUUGUAUCAAAUACUAUAAUCCAAGCAUUAUUUCUCUGCGUAAAUUUGUUUGGUCCUUUGCGAGGUUGAGUGAUCUACGAUCUGCGUACAAUGUCUUGCAACGUAUGGUGGCUCUAGCUUUAAAGGGAAGUGCAUCUGUUAGGAUGUCAGCUGAUGGGCGAUACCAAUCAUCAAGAUUAGAUAUUCCUAUACCCUUAAAUAAGAGAUGUGGCAUGACAGAGAAUGGAUACUCCGGACUUUCAGCACUUGAAAGCAUUCCAGUGAAAAUUGGGGAACAGAAAAUUAGCACAGACAGCCUUUUGGUAGAUCUGCCUCACAUUGAUAAUGCAACAGAACACAGCACAGCAAUACCGGGAAAUAUACCUUCUGUUGACGAAGGAAACAAUGGAAGUUCGCCUCAAUUCUCUCCUGUUGCUGAUGUUCCUAGAACUGGUGGUCUGUAUCUUUCUGCUAAACAGGUGUUGCAAUCUGAUCCGGACAUGGUGGAUAUGGAACUUGACGGUGGUGGAUUUGGCAUCCUAAAAGAUAUUGCAACACUACCAGUUAUGAAGAUUUUGAGGUGGUCCUUCAGCGAUGUGAUACAUGCAUGUGCACGAUCACGGAACUGUGAGCUGGCUGAGCAGUUGUUCCUACAGAUGGAUAACAUUGGGUUGGAACCGUCACAACACACAUUUGAUGGCUUAGUGAAAGUUGUGGUUUCUGAGAGAGGUAUUACUUAUGGCAUGAAAGUGGUCAAAGAGAUGGAAAAGAGAAGCUUGAAGCCAUAUAGUGCUACUCUUGCAACCCUCUUAGUGGGUUACAGCAGAAGCUUGGAACUGGACUUAGCGGAGGCUCUGCUGGAUCAAAUUGUCGAGAGUUCAUCAAAGCACAUCCAUCCUUUUAAUGCCUUGCUUGCUGCAUGUGAUGCUAUGGAUCAACCUGAACGUGCAGUCCGAGUAUUGGCUAAAAUGAAGCAUUUGAAAAUCAAGUACGAUAUCAGGACUUAUGAGCUGCUGUUUUCCUUAUUUGGUAAUGUGAAUGCUCCUUAUGAGAAGGGCAAUAUGUUGUCAAAGGUUGAUGCUUCAAAACGGAUACGUGCUAUAGAGAUGGAUAUGGUGAAAAAUGGAGUUCAACAUAGUCGUAUAUCAAUGGAGAAUUUGCUGAAAGCCCUUGGAGCUGAGGGCAUGAUAAGAGAGCUUAUACAGUAUUUACAAGUGGCAGACAAUCAGUUCUGUCACACAUAUGCAUAUAAAGGAACAGUUAUGUACAAUACUGUGCUGCAUGCACUUGUGGAAGCCAAGGAAAGUCACAAUGCUACAGAAGUUUUUAAAAAUAUGAAAUCAUGUGAUUUGCCACCUGAUGCAGCCACAUACAACAUCAUGAUUGACUGUUGCAGCAUUAUAAGAUGUUUCAAGUCUGCAUCUGCACUGGUCUCUCUGAUGAUCCGUGAUGGUUUUUCUCCAGAGACAUGUACUUACACUGCACUCAUAAAGAUUCUGUUAGCGAAUGAAGAUUUUGACGAAGCACUGAAUCUUUUGGACCAAGCUAGCACUGAAGGAAUUCAGCUUGAUGUACUUCUAUUCAACACUAUUCUUUUAGAAGCAUAUCUCAAGGGCCGCAUUGAUAUAAUCGAGCUAAUUGUCGAGCGAAUGCACCAAGAAAAAAUCCAGCCAGACCCUGCAACCUGCUCAUAUGCAUUCUCUGCAUAUGUCGACAGAGGCUUUCUCACCACAGCUAUAGAGGCAUUGCAGGUUUUGAGCAUGCGAAUGAUUUCAGAAGAAGAGUCCGUUCUUCAAGAUAAGAGGAUCUAUUUUGAGGAGCUUGUUCUAGACGAAGACCCAGAAGCUGAAUCACGGAUAACCAAGAUUUUUAAGGAGUCGGGAGAGUAUCUAGCUUCUGCUUUAUUGAAUCUCAGAUGGUGCGCAAUUACUGGGUUCUCAAUUUCAUGGUCACCCAAUGAAAGUUUAUGGGCCAGAAGGCUUUCCUCUACUUACGGUCCGAGAACACCAGCUAGUUGGAAAGCCAAGACAUAGAGCAUCAAAAGGUGCCGGAACUCAUUCCAACAACGACCCAGUUUUUAUUACAACAGGCCAACCCAAGAGUUGUUGAGCUUUCACCAUCGCAGAAAGGAUCAAUUACCUAUGAGAAAAGGGAAGAAGUGGAGAAACAAACAUCUGAUGUCAUUUGACAGACAAAUGGAAAAGGAUAUGCCAUUGUAAUGGGAUAAAUCUGAUCUAAUGCUCAUAUUAUUUGGAAAAGGCUCGACUAAGGGCGUGUUUGGAUGCGUGGAAUCCAAGGAAAAAGAACAAGGAGAAAAAAAAAAAAAACGGAGAGAAAAAUGACGCCCAAACACUUAUAGACAAUUGACCCAGUUUUUGUAACAACAGUCCAGCCCAAGAGAAAGGUAUAUUAGGUGUUGCUGUUCAAGCAGAAAGUGAUAGCAAACCCAUGGAGGCGUCAGCUGCACCAUGGUAAUAAAUUACAAUCCAUCUCUGUUGUAUCAUUAAACGGGUUUUUAAUGCCUUUUUGCAAGCUCUGUGCAUUGACAAAUCAAUCCAAGUUACUCUGAAAAAAGGCUUUUACAUAGCCAUUUCAAUCUUUAGAUUUACCCAUUUUUUGUGA